AAACCUCGUAAAAAGACGCACACUUCAGUGUUCCUCCUCCUUGAUCGUCAACAGUCCCUCUUCAGCUCGGCGAAAAAUAACAGGGAAAGCCAGCCACCGCCCCCCUUCCGUCACCGGCGCCACCGCAUCUUUCGAUCUCCUCUUCAGACAGAAUCUUAGCAUUUAAAUUUUAAUCCCGCUCCAGACUCAUUGGUUCAAAGUGUCGAGAAAGAAAAAAGUAAAGUUAGAGACUGUUGAAUACUGUCUAGAGAUGGGUUACAGAAAUGGAGCAAUUCCGGCAGGGGAAGAAAGCGGCGUUUCAGGUUCAGUUAACGAGGCAUUACUGUUUACAACUAUGUGCAUCAUUGGCCAUCCGGUGGAUGUCCAUGUGAAAGAUGGCUCGAUUUAUUCCGGAACUCUGUACACUGCCAAUGUGGACAAUGCAUACGCUGUUGUUUUGCACAAAGCGAGGAGGGUUAAGAAGGGCAACAGGGAGACGAAUGUGGCUGAGGGAAAGCUGAUAGAUACGCUUGUAAUUCUAUCCGAAGAUCUAGUUCAAGUCAUUGCUAAGGUUUUUUAGUGUGGCUUUUGCUAAUUGGGAUUUGAAGUUCUUUAUUCAGGCACGAUAACUUGCAUGUAUCCUUGUAUAGGAAAUAUUGCUUCCGGCAGAUGGUAUCUGUGGAAAAGCUGGGGCAGAUUUUGGGUCAGGGGAUGGCGUUGUUAAUCCCAAAUGUGAAGAGAUUAUCAUGAAUUCAAGCAAUCAUAGUGAGGCCGGAUUGGACCAAAAGGACACUGUUCCAUCAAGGCAGGGUUGUAAUAGCUCAGAUGUAAUGCAGAGUGGAUUGCCAGCAGAACCUGCUGAGCAAGCAGAAGGCUCAAGAUUAAGCUUAAAUGCUCAUGGAAAUCACCCUGCUGCUAAGGAAAUGACUGCCAGAACAAAUAAAGUCGAAGCACCAAGUUCUGUUUCUUAUGUUAGGAACCGAGUGCCGAGACCUGAUGAUCCUCAUGCAAGGCACACUUUCGAAGCAAGUAGGCAAUCUCUUUCAGAAAAAGGAAAUCAUGAUCAUGCAACCAUUGUAAAGGAAUCUAAGCUCAACCCUAAAGCAAAGUUAUUUUCUCCGUCACCAGCGCAACAUAUAUCGGCAACACCAACACCUCCUUUAGUGCGAACACCACCAAAUCUGAAUCACGCAUCAGUUGCGGCUGCCGAACCAGAAGUUGAUGUCAGUUCUGUCACAUAUCGUUCUUCAGUUCCUGCCAAGUUGGCUGCGCACAACAACCUGUUUCCUGGACAUGGCCGCAAUGAUAUACCGUAUGGUCAACAUCUUGUUGGGCAUACUGGAAGCAGGAUGCCACCGGUUAGAUAUGCUAGUCAGUACAGCCAUCUCCAAGCCGGGCCCCCUUAUCCGCAUCCAAGUUCACAAACUGUGAUGGCUGGGAGAAUGGGUCCACUCAUCUAUGUACAUCCAGUUUCUAAUGAUGUCACUCAGGGUGCUGCCGGUUUCUCUCAGGUAUCUUCACGCCCCUUGAUGGCCCCACAACAGAUCAAUAUGCCUAAGCACCAAGGGUCAGCAGCAAUGCAAGCACUUCAGCUCUAUAUGACUCCUCCUUUUAUAGCUAAUGGUCACCAAACAUUUGCAAUGCCCACCUACAUUCCUGUCGUACCUCCUAUCUUUCCCGUUGCAGGGCCAAUUCCAGUGCCAGGAUCUGAUGUUUCCUUUGGCACCAAAUUCGCUUAAAUAUCAUUCUGUUGCUGCACCAACAGUCCCUCCAUUAUUCUUGUCUGCUUUCAUGAUUCAAAAAUUUUGAUGAAUGGUUUAGUAAGGAGGUUGGUAAGUAUUCAAGUUUGUUUUUCAAGGGAGUACUUAAAACUGUAAAUUGCGAUCGAAGAGGAAAUUAGUUGGUUUAUACUUAGUUGUGGACAGGCUUACUCUAGAUGUAUAUUUGUUUGAAGAGAGGUAUAGGUUGAGAAGCGGAGCUACCCAGUUUUGCAGUAUACAGAAGUUAAAAUUUUCCUGUGAGGAGAGGAAGAUCCAUUGCGCAGGAUAACCGUUUUUGGUCCUUUUUGUAUCGAUCACUGUAAUUUUAAGUCAAUAUUUGUUACAAUUCUUUCGAGACAGUUGUACAUAUCCACUGCUUUGGCGGAGCGACUAUGAAUAUCUCAUUGAUGCAAGACAUUAUUCUCAUUGAUCUCGUUUCACG